UCCUGCGAUUGUCUGUCUGCGCGCACAUCGCGCGCAUUCCUCUAAAGUUGCGUUCUCGAGACACACUGCGUCGCGGAGGAUUGCGCGCCGAGACACUCUCGCUUGUUUCUAACAUCGGCGUUUCUUUUGUUUCCCCUUUUGGUUUCUCUCAAGAUGACAGAAGAAAAGAAUGUCCGACAUUUAAAGCUGGUGACUGACCAGCUUCUGUGGGAUUUGAUGUCACCUUUAGAUCGGUUCAAUUGAAGAUGGAAACACUGGAGUCCGAGCUGACGUGUCCGAUCUGCCUGGAAUUGUUUGAGGACCCCCUCCUGCUGCCCUGCGCCCACAGCCUGUGCUUCAACUGCGCCCACCGCAUCCUGGUCUCGCACUGCUCCAGCACCAAGCCUCUCGAGUCCAUCUCCGCCUUCCAGUGCCCCACCUGCCGCUACGUCAUCACGCUGAAUCAGCGCGGCCUUGAGGGUCUGAAGCGCAAUGUGACGCUGCAGAACAUCAUCGACCGCUUCCAGAAGGCCUCCGUCAGCGGGCCCAACUCCCCCAACGAGAGUCGCCGGCCGCGACCCUACAGCGCCACGCUCGGCGGGAGCACGAGGGGCAGCCCCGCCAGUAGCGCCAUGUCCCUCGAGCGUGUCGGAUGCCAGUUCUGCGAUCAGGAGCCCCCGCGGGAGGCGGUCAAGACGUGUGUGACGUGCGAGGUGUCGUACUGCGACCGCUGCCUGCGGGCCACGCACCCCAAUAAGAAGCCCUUCACCAGCCAUCGUCUGGUGGAGCCGGUGGCGGACGCUCAGCUGCGUGGGCUGGCCUGCCUGGAGCAUGAGAACGAGAAGGUGAACAUGUAUUGCGUGGUGGAUGACCAGCUGAUCUGCGCUCUCUGCAAGCUGGUGGGACGGCACCGUGAGCAUCAGGUCACCUCACUUAGCGAACGCUUCGACAAGCUCAAGGCUUUUCAAGUGAGCCCUGCCAGAGUUUCUGAAGCGGUAAUGGAGGCAUCAAAGACAAGCGUCGCGCAGACCUUGGAGAAUAACUUAACCAAUCUGGUGAAGAGGAACAGUGAGCUAGAGAACCAGAUGGCCAAACUCAUCCAGAUUUGUCAACAGGUGGAGGUGAACACAGCCAUGCAUGAAGCCAAGCUGGUAGAGGAGUGUGAUGAAUUGGUGGAGAUAAUUCGCCAGAGGAAACAGGUCAUUGCUGUCAAGAUCAAAGAGUCCAAGGUGAUGAAGUUGAGGAAGCUGGCCCAGCAGAUUGCGAACUGCAGACAGUGUCUGGAGCGCUCGAGUGCCCUCAUCACACAGGCUGAGCACAGUCUGAAGGAGAACGACCACGCCCGCUUCCUCCAGACGGCCAGGAAUGUGGCAGAGAGAGUUGCCAUGGCCACCGCCUCCUCCCAGGUCCUCAUCCCAGAUGUCAAUCUGAACGAGGCUUUUGACAAUUUUGCACUUGAUUUCUCCAGAGAAAAGAAAAUUCUAGAAGGACUGGAUUAUUUGACAGCACCCAACCCUCCGUCUAUACGUGAAGAGCUGUGCACAGCGUCUCAUGACACCAUAACAGUGCACUGGACCUCUGAAGAUGAAUUCAGCGUCACCUCCUAUGAGCUUCAGUACACCAUCUACACUGGCCAGACCAACUUCAUCAGUCUGUAUAACUCUGUAGAUAGCUGGAUGAUCGUGCCCAAUAUCAAGCAGAAUCACUACACAGUCCACGGCCUGCAGAGCGGCACCCGUUACAUUUUCUUCGUCAAGGCUAUCAACCAGGCAGGCAGCAGAAACAGCGAACCUGCUCGCCUCAAAACCAACAGUCAGCCUUUCAAACUGGACCCCAAAACAGCCCACAAGAAGCUGCGCCUCUCCAAUGAUUGUCUGACCAUGGAGAAGGAUGAAAGUUCCCUGAAGAAGAGUCACACUCCAGAACGCUUCAGCGGAACCGGAUCAUACGGUGCCGCUGGCAACGUCUUCAUUGACAGUGGCUGCCAUUAUUGGGAGGUUUUACUGGGAGCCUCCACAUGGUACGCUCUUGGUGUGGCUUACAAGUCUGCACCUAAAAACGAAUGGAGCGGUAAAAACUCCUCGUCUUGGGUUUUCACACGCUGCAACAACAACUUCCUGGUGCGGUACAACAACAAGGAGUCGAUCGUGGAGGCGUCGCUACAGCUGCGCAGGGUCGGGGUGCUGCUGGACUACGACAACAACGCCCUGUCCUUCUACGACGCCAUGAACUCGCAGCACAUUUACACUUUUGACGUUUCCUUCCUGCUUCCAGUGGCUCCCACCUUCAUGAUCUGGAACAAGUCAUUGAUGAUCAUGUCAGGGCUGCCCGUGCCUGACUUCGUGGACUGUAGCGAGCAGCAAGAAGGCAUCUGCCGCCAACAGGAUUCGCCCUAUGUGUCCGGAGUGAAAAGCUGCCACUGAGGCUUCAUAGGAGUUGUUCCCUUACCCUUCUUUUUUUCCUGGUUUUAUAACUGGGGUGAAGUUUAAUCUUUAGUUGUUUCUGAUAGUUCUGCGUGUUUAGCGAGUGGAUUAAGAGCUCUCAGAUUUAAACAGCUGAAAUGGGGGAAAUUGUAAAUUAUUUAUGACUAAACAUUUGCUUUUUUGUCAGUUUUAAUGUAUCCCUAAAAGCACUUUUAGAGUUGAAUUUGUUGCCCCUGUGUGUUAAAAAAAAGUCUUGCUAACUUGGGACAGGGUUGGACUUCUUUUUGGACCGAAUAUAAUGGAUUAUGUUAGGAUGACAAUUUAGUGUUUCUAAUAAGGGUUACAUUUAUUAUCUGAUGGGUCUAUAACACAGUUUUCAUAUUCAGGGAGAAAAGAUGAUUCUUUGGUUUAAAAUAAGUCUGAAGAUGAUGGCAUGAUAUGUAUUUCCUCUGUGAUUUGUUCUCACUAUCUCAGUUUCUGUUUUAGUUUUUUGUGAACAGCAUGAGGCACAAGUUCUCCAGGUGUUUUUAACAUGUAUCUUUAAUAGUUGAUAUAUAAUGUAUCACAAAAUCCCAUGGAGGUGUUCGUCCAAUGAAACUCCAUCAAUGACUGUAAUUCAAGACUAUAGUCCAUAUUUAUAAGUUCCAUCCAUUGAAAAUUAUUUGAAAUAUUAUAACAUCAGUUUAUAAUUCAAAUGUGGUUCCAAAGCAAACACAGUGUAGUAGUUUUACUUUCUUAACAGCUGUAUUGAAACUUACAUGAUCUUCUGCAGUGUGACGUUCAGGGCUAAAAUAAGGACACCCAGUCUUGGGAUGAAGACAAUCACUUGUACUAAUGCAGGCAAAAAAAAUAAAAAUAAAUCAAGUGUGUAGCAAGAGAUCUUUGCAAUAGCAUGCUGAACCUGAGAUACUUCUCCAAAGCGUGGUUUGUAUCCAUCCGGUUCAAUGUAAAUAUCCAGAUUGGGAAGUAUUCGUACUACUGACGCCACUGGUUUUGCUUUGUAUCGGUGGGGUUUCCUCUUUGCUCUGCUGAAUGUACAUGAUUUGUUUUGGUUCCUUUUAUAUCUUUCUGAUUGAAAGCACAGAGCAUUUGACCAUUAUAUUCUCUUUGCAAGCACAGUAAGUAUGUGAAUCCUCCUGUUACAUCUGGAGAGGUUAGGACCUUUACACUUAUCUCCAGCUCGUAAAAUAGUUAUGUUUUCUGAGAAGAUCAGGUUGGGUUUACCCUGACUGUUUUUCCUGCAUCCUUCAUUUCACCAUCGGUCAAUGUAAUUGAAGCUAGUGUCAAGCCACAUGCUAUCACAGAUGUCAGACUGUUUUUCCACCAUGAACCUUUACUCAUGACUGAAGGAUACAUUGAUCGUGUAGUACUGUAGAGCAAUAAUGAACUUAGUUUGUUAGCAUUUAUAAUGAUUUCUGGCCAAUUGCACAAAGUUCUUGAGUCUCAAUACUAUUUCCACAUGAUAAUUUUGGUCUUUGAUCCAAUUUGUCUUGGUCUUGGGCAAUAAAUACUUAUAUGAAUGCCAUAAUGAGACACUUUUUAGACUGAUGGAGCUUUUUUUAAUGAGUUCUACUCUGCUAAAAGUUCAAUAGUAUGGGUGAAGUGUGACACAGCAAUGUCAAAUCAUUGUCAGUGUGUUUCCUGUAUGAACAAACCCUGAGAUGUCCACUAUUGCACUGUCUUUCUGUUUCAGUUCAUUCAGUCACACUGUUGUCAGUCCUGUUGUAGCUGGCAUGUGUCUUGGUCUCACAUUCGGACAGUCUUGAGUGCAACUUUGCAUGCUAAAAAGAGUAAGAUGUAUUGCAGAAAGUAUUCAACAUUUCCAUUAAACAAUAGUAAUAUCCAUAGACAAAUCUCGAGGAAUUGUUUUGAGGUUUUCUUUUUUCAGGUCACUAUAUUCAUGCUCAUUUUCAGGCUUUUAAGAAGUAAGAGUGAGGAGCUUGAAAGCAGAACUCAUGAGUCAAUCUCUGAUCUAGUUUGAUCGACAUGAUCUAUUUGUUCAAGUGCAUGACGAUCGGCCCAGCUUGAAGUAUUUCAUGUGAUAUUCUCUGCUGUUUUAUAUAAACAUUUUUAAGAGAAAUCUCCAGGAAAUAUAUAAUGACAUAUCAGGUUUCCAGUUAGCUGUGCUUUUCUUUACAUUUAUGACUGAUGAAGUAAUUACAUUUCUGUUGGAAUGAAAGAACCGAAUCCUCUUCUUUGAUAUUUCUGUCUUUAUUAUGUGCUCAAGCAGCCGUGUGUUCAUCAACAUAAUGCUCCUGUUUCAAUAGAUAUAACUUAGCAAAAAAGAAUGUAAAUCAUAGGAGGAAAUAUAUAUUAUAUAAAAAUUGUAUAAUAUACAAAAAAGUAUAUAUAUGAACUAUUGUUAUUUAUGUGAGUCCAAAUAAAAGUCUGAUCCGAAA